AUGGAGCUGACAAUGGAAAACAUCGGAAAUCUGCACGGUGUAUCUCACUCCCAUCAAACCAGCGACUUAAUGAACUCCCCGCACGCGCGCCAGUCGUCGGCGUCGCAUCGGAACUUGGUGUCGCACGGGCGGUCAGCCAUGGUGUCCAGCAUGGCCUCUAUACUGGAGGGAGCGGGGGACUAUCGCCCAGACCACGCUUUGUCUGGCCCCCUGCAUCCGGCUAUGACCAUGUCGUGCGACUCCGGGAUGAGCCUGAGCAGCACCUACACCACGCUGACGCCGCUACAGCACCUGCCCCCCAUAUCCACGGUCUCGGAGAAAUUUCACCAUCCACACCCGCAUGCUCACCACCAUCCAGCACACCAGAGACUUGCAGCUGGGAAUGUCAGCGGCAGCUUCACCCUGAUGAGAGACGACCGAAGCCUCGCCUCUAUGAGUAACCUCUAUGGCCACUACCCCAAAGACAUGUCCGGGAUGGGGCAGCCCUUGUCGCCCCUGUCCAACGGGCUCGGGUCUUUGCACAGCUCCCAGCAGACUCUCAGCGCCUACGGUCCCGGAGCUCACCUCUCCAACGACAAGAUGCUCUCCUCGGGGGGUUUCGAGUCUCACGCAGCCAUGCUGUCCAGGGGUGAAGAGCACUUGGCCCGCGGUCUCGGGGGUCACGGGGGCGGGCUAAUGACCUCCUUGAACGGUAUACAUCAUCACAGCCAUCCGCACUCUCAGGCAAACGGAUCCAUGCUCUCAGACCGAGACAGGCAGACGGUGGUGGGAGGCGGGCAAGGUGCUGGGUCAGGGCAGGUGGAAGAGAUAAACACCAAGGAGGUGGCACAGCGAAUAACAGCAGAGCUCAAGCGCUACAGCAUCCCCCAGGCCAUCUUUGCUCAGAGGAUCUUGUGUCGGUCCCAGGGAACUCUGUCUGACCUGCUGCGGAAUCCUAAACCUUGGAGUAAACUCAAGUCGGGCCGAGAGACGUUCAGGAGGAUGUGGAAGUGGCUCCAGGAGCCCGAGUUCCAGCGGAUGUCAGCGCUGCGGCUUGCAGCCUGCAAGCGCAAAGAACAGGAGCAACACAAGGACCGCAACACGGCGCCCAAGAAACAGCGUCUAGUCUUCACUGACCUGCAGCGCCGCACACUCAUCGCCAUCUUCAAGGAGAACAAGCGUCCAUCCAAGGAAAUGCAGAUCACCAUCUCCCAGCAGCUCGGCUUGGAGCUCAGCACCGUCAGCAACUUCUUCAUGAAUGCUCGCCGCCGCUGUGUGGACCGCUGGCACGAUGACCACGGUACCAGCCCCGGGCAGCCAGGCACCUCUGCCACCACCUUCUCCAAGGCCUGA